GUCAUGGGGCCCAAGACGCCCUCACAGCUCGCCGGGAAAUGGCAAGUGCUGUGCAUGCUCUUCUUGUGCUGCUGGGGCUGGGUGUCCGGGCAGCUUCGUUACUCGGUGGCAGAGGAGUCUGAGCCGGGGACGCUGGUGGGGAAUGUUGCUCAGGACCUGGGCUUAAAGGUGACAGAUCUGUUGAGUCGCCGACUGCAGUUGGGGUCUGAGGAGAACGGGCACUAUUUUUCCCUGAGUUUGAUGACUGGUGCUCUGGCAGUAAAUCGAAAGAUUGACCGAGAGAGCCUGUGUGGAGCCAGCACCAGCUGCCUGUUGCCAGUGCAGGUGGUGACCGAACACCCACUGGAACUAACCCGGGUAGAGGUAGAGAUCCUGGAUCUCAAUGACAACUCUCCUAGCUUUGCCAUCCCUGAGCGAGAGAUACGCAUCUCAGAAUCAGCUGCAUUUGGGGCACGAUUCCCUCUGGAUAGCGCCCAGGACCCAGAUGUGGGCACCAAUGCUGUGAGCUUCUACACUCUGAGCCCCAACAACCACUUCUCACUGAAUGUGAAGACCCUAAAAGAUGGGAAGCUAUUCCCAGAGCUGGUGCUAGAGCAGCAGCUGGACCGUGAAGCCCAAGCAAAACAUCAGUUGGUGCUCACUGCUGUGGACGGGGGCGUCCCAGCCCGCUCAGGGACCACUCUCAUCUCUGUCAUUGUGCUGGACGUCAAUGAUAAUGCUCCAACCUUCCAGUCCUCAGUUCUUCGUGUGGGACUCGCAGAGAAUGCACCCGUGGGCACACUGCUGCUCCGUCUCAACGCCACUGAUCCAGACGAGGGCACCAAUGGCCAGCUAGACUAUUUUUUUGGAGACCAUACAUCUGAGGCAGUGCAGAAUCUCUUUGGCCUAGACCCUAACAAUGGAGCAAUCCGUGUGUUGGGUCCCAUAGACUUUGAGGAGUCAAGUUUCUAUGAAAUUCAUGCAAGAGCCCGUGACCAGGGACAGCCAGCUAUGGAAGGCCACUGUGUGAUUCAAGUGGAUGUGGGGGAUGUCAAUGACAAUGCCCCCGAGGUACUACUGGCCUCUUUGGUCAACCCUGUCCUGGAGAGCACACCAGUGGGCACAGUAGUGGGAUUGUUUAAUGUGCGGGACCGAGACUCAGGGAGAAAUGGUGAAGUGAGCCUUGAUAUCUCUCCAGAACUGCCAUUUCAGAUCAAGCCCUCUGAGAACCACUACUCACUGCUAACCAGCCAGCCCUUGGACCGGGAGGCCACAGCCCACUAUAUCAUCGAGCUGCUGGCCAGGGAUGCUGGCUCACCCCCCCUGCACGCACAUCUCACCGUCAGGCUGAACAUUUCAGAUGUGAACGACAACACCCCCUGCUUCACCCAGAAGCUCUAUACUGCUUACAUCCCAGAAAAUCGGCCUCCAGGCUCCCUUCUCUGCACGGUGGCUGCCACCGAUCCAGACACUGGGGAUAAUGCCCGGCUCACCUACUCCAUCGUGGGAGAUCAGGUUCAGGGAGCCCCAGCCUCCUCCUUUGUGUACAUCAACCCUGAGGACGGACGUGUCUUUGCCCAGCGUACCUUUGACUACGAAUUGCUGCAGAUGAUGCACAUUGUGGUGGGGGUUCGAGACUCUGGCUCGCCCCCAUUGCACGCCAACACAUCUCUGCAUGUGUUUGUUCUGGACCAGAAUGACAAUGCCCCAGCUGUGCUGCACCCGAGUCCUGGCUGGGAGCUCUCAGUCCCCCAGCGUCUCCCUCGCUCUGCGCCUCCUGGCUCCUUGGUCACCAAGGUGACAGCCGUGGAUGCUGACGCAGGCCAUAACGCAUGGCUCUCCUAUUCACUGUUGCCGCAGUCCACAGCCCCAGGACUCUUCCUGGUGUCCGCACGUACUGGAGAGGUGCGCACAGCCCGGGCCCUACUGGAGGAUGACUCUGACACCCAGCAGGUGGUGGUCCUGGUGAGGGACAACGGCAGCCCUUCACUCUCCUCCACAGCCACAGUGCUGCUGGUUCUGGAGGAUGAGGACCCUGAGGAAAUGCCCAAAUCCAGCGACUUCCUCACACGCCCUCCUGAGCGGUCAGACCUUACGCUUUACCUCAUUGUGGCUCUUGCAGCCAUCAGUCUGUUAUCCUUAGUCACCUUCACCUUUCUGUCAGCUAAGUGCCUUCGGGGACACGCGGAUGGGGAUGGGGGUGGGGGCCAGUGUUGCAAGCGCCAGGACUCACCCUCCAGGGACUACUAUAAGCAGUCCAGUCCCAACCUACAGGUGAGCGCAGACGGCACGCUCAAGUACAUGGAGGUGACUCUGCGGCCGGCAGACUCGCACAGCCACUGCUACAGGACGUGCUUCUCACCAGCCUCGGAUGGCAGUGACUUCACUUUUCUAAGGCCCCUCAGCGUCCAGCAGUCCUCGGCUCUGGCGCUGGAGCCUGAUGCCUUCCGGUCCCGCUCUAACACGCUGCGGGAGCCGAGCCAGGUGAGGGGCUUGGCGCGACCCCUGGGGACGCGGUGGAGCCGCCCAUCCACCUAGGGGCUUUGAACUUGCAACUAUUCCUCUCGUGCGGGCUCGGCUACCAGCUGCGCGUCACGUGGUUCCGACCAACUGCGCGGGACCAGAGGUGUGGCCAAACCGGGGAUGAGGCUCUGAGCCCUGGUGGUGGCCAUCGGGACAGAACCGACCCCAGCCCCGCCCCCAAACUCAGGAAAGGCUGUGGCUCGGUGAUCUUGCCAGUGAUUUGCGCCGGGCUCCGGGCUCCGGGGUCCGGGGUGGCGGCAGUCACGGGUCCACGCCCACAGCCAGCCUCCUAGGCUCUGGCCUGCGCACGUGCCGCCGCUCUUUAGCUUCCCUAAGUUCCUUCCCACUCCCUGGGACUUCUGGGAUCUGGGACUUUGCUGUUAUUCUCAGCCCUCCUUAUUCCCAAAUCAAACAAACGCAUCUGUAGACAGGACGGAGGUGCGCGCAGGGCUCCAGCGUGUCCUCCUCGCAAGGGCCACACACCCGUGAGGACAGCACUACCUCACCUGCACACACGUCCUCGAACUUGCACGCACGCUGCCCCCGCACCUCCUCGCAGCCUCAGAGGUACGGCUGACCGCGCG